AUGAGUAUCUCAAAAGCAUCACCACAGUCGCAGAUUUAUCCGGGCAAGGGCCUCGGCUUCAUAACGCUCGGCGCCUCCCUUCAUAACGUCCUAAGCCGUGUGAAAGCCCACCCUCAGACGUACCCCGCGAUCGACAUAGCGUACUCCGCGUCAGAUCCCAUACAACAUCCUGUUACCCUCCAACUCCCCUCAAAUGGCCUGCGCUUGAGAUUCGACGGCCCCGAUCAAAGGUUACGUCUGAUAGAGGUGCUAGAUUUCUCGAAGACUGCGCUGGUUUAUAAGAAUCAAGAAGUACUAAAGGGAGUCACCAAAACCAGAGAGCAUUCAGCUUCUCCGCAGGGCCCUAGUUUCCGCCAUGUAUACAAUCGCCUCUUCGGUCCCUCGUAUCCCGGGGAAUAUGUACAGGCCACUCCACCAUCUCCGUACGGCACGUAUGUGCUUUCGUACCCUGGUGUUGCCUUCUCAUUCCCUCUACAAGACUCAGCUUGGUCAGAACAAUGCGACUUUGUAGCUUUGCUCUCAUCUUCAGCUGCUUUACCGGCGACCUCGAUGUCGAUUUUCCAGGGCUCGUCUUGGCCAGACGCCCGAGCUAAGUUGUUCACACAGCAGCCACAAUACCCACGAUCUCCCGCUGUCGCUGGGAAAACCAAAGAAUUUGUUCCAGAUGAGAUUGAAGAAUUCACAAUACUAGGGGCGGGUAAAAUAGAGGUAACUCGGAGAUCUACAUCGCCGACAUACAUCAGUUUAUCGCAAACUACACCACAGGAUUUGAUCGCAGAGUUUGGGCCUCCAGACGCAAUCUAUCGUAAGAAUGAUCGCAGAAUCUCGAUCCAUCGUGCCGCAGGCGGCCAUGGUGGUGAUGAUAUUAUGCACAUGAGCCCGUCUUCAGCUAGAGGCAUUGAAGUUAAUGAUACAGAUCAAUCGUCAAAUAACAGUGUGAGCGAUGAUUCAGACGAUGGCCUUGGGCAGACUAAUGCCUUGGACCCCUCUUCUCUACCAUCGGAGUGUUUCUUCAACUACUUCCACCAUGGAUUUGAUGCGUUUAUAUCUCACCCGACAACGUCUGGUCCUGCAUUUCCAAGUUCGGGGCUUGAUGACCCGACUCCCCCAUCCCCAUCAUCUCAGCUCGUCGUGACUAAGAUUGUGAUUCACGGGAAUGUGCCUGGGUCUUACCCCUUUAAUCGGUACCGUCGAAGCCGGUGGAAGAUCGAAUCGAAACCCUCGACAUCACUUGGCACUUCGGAGACGCGCUAUGAUGAGAUUUCGAGACGCUUGAGAGAGGCGUGGAAGGAUUCGUACGCGAAUGCGUCGGAAGAGCGAGCUCUGGAACGGCCAAUGGUGUUAAACAGGGGAUGGGGAGACAGUCCAGAAAGCAGCGUCGAGUUCCUUGGGGGGUGGGAGGAGAGUACAGGGAAAGGCCAGAGGACAGGGCAGGGCGGACACGAUGGAGGUUUGGGGAAUACAGAGCUUUUUGGAUUUCCCGGUCUCCUAUUCGAGGUCAUGAAGAAUGGGGCAAGCGUGACAUGCUUCAACAAUAGCAUGGCGGAAGUGCCGCGUAAGCUGGUGCGAUCAUGGUCGUCAACUUUAAAGCUCCCAAAGUCGACGUUCCCGGCUCGCGUGAGUCCAGCCGACCAGACGAAAUACCUAAAACGAUGCACCGAUGACCUCUACACCUGGCAACGCCGUGAAAGACCUGCCAAUCGGCCCUUUGUCCUGCACGAUGGCCCUCCAUAUGCGAAUGGCGAUUUACACAUCGGCCAUGCCCUCAACAAAAUCCUGAAGGACAUAAUCUGCCGGGUGCAGCUCGGCUUGGGAAACAGAGUGCGCUACGUACCUGGUUGGGAUUGCCACGGUUUACCCAUUGAGCUGAAGGCCCUGGAGGCACGGAAGGAUGUUCGCGACGAGGAUGGCUUUGUUAAAGCCGCAGUUACGAGAAAGAUUGCUCGAAAUCUUGCGGACCGGACGGUGAAAAAGCAGAUGAAUGGGUUUCGGGGUUUUGCGGUCAUGGCGGAUUGGGAAAAUCACUGGAAGACCAUGGACAAGGAUUUUGAGAAAAGACAACUGGGGAUCUUCCGCGAAAUGGUGGAGAAAGGUCUUAUUUAUCGGAGGUUCAAACCGGUCUACUGGUCACCCUCGACAGGUACGGCGCUGGCGGAAGCAGAGCUGGAGUAUAAAGAGGACCAUGUCUCCACGGCUGCCUAUGUAAAAUUUCCGCUCGCUAAGGUGCCGUCAUAUUUGGAGCAGAAUCCGCUGCUGAGAGGCAAGACCGUCAGUGCUGUGAUUUGGACAACGACCCCAUGGACCCUUCCCGCCAAUGCUGUUAUCGCCGUUCACCCAUCGUUGGAAUACGCAAUUGUCGAAUCGGCGACUCACGGCCAUCUUCUCAUCGCACAAUCACGGUUAGAAGCCCUCGAAUGUCUUUUGAAGGAAGACCUCUCGAUGAUUAUGCCAGGGAUCGUUGGCUCGGACCUUGCGGAUCAAACCAUGUACCAACCGCUUUUCAAAGGGCCGGAUGCCGAAGCACAGCCUGUAAUCGCCGCGGAUUUUGUAACUGCAGAUUCUGGAACCGGACUUGUUCACUGCGCCCCAGGGCAUGGCAUGGAAGACUAUGAAGCCUGUCUUUCUCGCGGUAUUCCUGCGUUUGCCCCGGUUGAUGACUAUGGAAAAUUCACUGACCUCGCAAUGCCGAAUAAUCCUAAGCAAUUGAGUGGCAAAAGUGUCUUGGACGAAGGUAACGUGGCUGUGCUCGAAUAUAUCAAGUCGCUGGGGCGACUCCUCUCUCAACACCGCUACGAACACAAAUACCCCUACGAUUGGAGAUCAAAACAACCCAUAAUUAUCCGGGCUACUGAACAGUGGUUUGCCGACGUAGCUGAUAUUCAGGAUAACGCGCUAAAGGCUCUUCGAGAUGUGGCAUUCGUCCCAGCGUCUGGGCAGACGCGGCUUGAGAACUUUGUUAAGAACAGGAGUGAAUGGUGCAUUUCUCGUCAACGUGCCUGGGGUGUGCCUAUCCCCGCUCUCUACCAUGAGGGUACAGGCGAUGCCAUUCUUACGAAGGAUAGCGUCUCGCAUAUCAUGAAUGUCAUUGAUGAGCGUGGAAUCGAUGCGUGGUGGACAGACGAUGCCAAUGACCCCGCCUGGAUUCCACCUGCGCUGAGAGAAACAUCUGGCUCUGUUUAUAAGCGUGGGACCGACACCAUGGACGUCUGGUUUGAUAGUGGCACCAGUUGGGCAGAGGUAGAAACCCCGUAUGGCAACCACGGCCACCCUGCAGACGUUUAUUUGGAAGGUAGCGAUCAACACCGGGGUUGGUUUCAGUCUGGACUUCUCACCUUCAUCGCACACCAGCUUGCUUCCAACCAGACGAGCACCCCACGAGCGCCAUUCAAGACCUUGAUCACCCAUGGAUUUACGCUUGAUGAAGAGGGUAGGAAAAUGAGCAAGUCCAUUGGAAAUGUCGUCCUUCCACAAACAAUAAUGGACGGGACCCUACUACCGCCCCUCAAACAGAAAAAGGGCAAGGGGAAGAAACAACCGGAGAAUCAACAACCCGUGUACGACUCUUUAGGUCCGGAUGCCCUUCGACUAUGGGCCGCAGGCAGUGACUACACUCGAGAUGUUGUUAUCGGCAAGCAAGUUCUGCAAACAGUCCACACCAGCUUACACAAGUACCGUGUCACCUUCAAGCUUCUUCUUGGUGCCCUUUCAGACUUCUCACCGGCCAACAUGGUUCCGUACAACGAACUGCUACUCGUGGAUCGUAUCGCUCUCCUACAUCUCUCGGAAAUGACGCUGGCGGCUCGAGCAGCCUGCGAGAAAUUCGAGUUCUAUAAGGCUACCAACGCGGUCAACCGAUGGGCCAACAUUGAGUUCUCUGCUUUCUACAUGGAAGCCAUCAAGGAUCGCCUAUAUACCUACGCAGAAAAUCGCCCUAGCAGACGAGCUGCCCAAACGACAUUAUUCCACAUCUUUAACCACUUGCAGGAAGUUCUGGCUCCCAUCACCCCAUUGCUUGUGGAAGAAACCUUUGAGCACACCCCGAAAGCAAUCCAGGGUGAAUCCAAGCACCCCCUAAGGCGUAUCGCCAGAGAGCCAGCCUCAGAAUGGCAGAAGCCCUCGCUAGGUGGAGACUAUCUGGAGAUCGUCGCAGUACACUCCGCUAUCAAGGCCAUGCUGGAAAAGGCAAGGGGUCAGAAGCAGACCGGCUCGUCCUUGCAGUCUUUCGUACACAUCCAGCUCCCGGCCACGGAUGCACCAUCUGCCCUUCAACAAAACUCAAACGAACUGGCGGAUAUCUUUGUCGUUUCGUCUGUCACCGUUGGUGGUACCGAUGAAGCCGUCCCAGAUGCAAUUGCAAGCGCUGAAUGGCACUAUGGCGAGGAGUAUGAGCUUCCAAAUGGAGGAAAAGGCAAGGUGUAUGUCUAUAGCCCACAGGCAGCUAAAUGUCCCCGCUGCUGGCGGUAUGUGAUUCCGAAAGAGGAGGUCGCAGACGACAAGGCGUGCGGUCGCUGUGAAGACGUGUUGCAGGAACUUGACACAACCUCGUGUCCUUGA